GCACAGAUGAAACCACAUUCAUAGAGAUCAUCUUCUCUCGUGACGUCGAAAGAAUGGAGGCCAUUAAACAACGCUAUUUCAUUGAAUAUGAAGUCAGUCUUGAAGAAGACAUUUCUGGUGACUGUAGCGGUCAUUUUCGUCAUUUACUUUUGUCUCAAGUGAAAGGAGCUCGAGAAGGAACUCGGAAAGAAGAUGUCGACCUUGGACUGGCACAGCAGGACGCUAAUUCUCUUUACAAAGCUGGAGAGGGCAAACUGGGGACAGAUGAGGAGGCAUUUAAUGCUGUGCUGGCUGGUCGCAGUUUUCCCCACCUCUUCCAGGUUAUGAAGUUCUGCCGUGAAAAGAUAGGCCAUGAUUUUGAACAUGCAAUACGCUCUGAGACCAGCGGAAACCUGAGAGAUGCUUAUUUAGCCAUUGCCGCCAUGGCCCGAGGAACCCCGACAUUGUUUGCUCAGCACCUUUACAAAUACACAAAAGGACUCGGCACUAACGACUCUAAUUUAAUCAGAGUCAUUGUUAGCAGAUGUGAGAUUGAUAUGGUGCAGAUUAAAGAAGAAUAUUUCAAACUCUAUGGCCAAACGUUGGUUGAUUGUAUAAAAGGUGACACCAGUGGGGACUACAGGAAGUUGCUGCUGGCCCUUAUUGGGGGACAUUGAGGAGGACGACCACAAUGACAAACA